AUGACGUUUUUAAUUGAUACUGUUUGCGAUAUUUUAAUUGUUGGUGGUGGCGGUGCUGGCGGUGGUCGUCAGGGUGCGGGUGGUGGUGGUGGUGGUGUCAUGUAUCUAACUAAUCAAACAAUAACCGCAGGAAGUCAUACAAUAACAGUCGGAAAAGGUGGGGUUGGUACAAAUGCUGCUUUAACACUUGGCACGAAAGGUUUUGAUUCAAGCUUUGACAGCUACACGGCAUACGGUGGAGGUGCUGGGGCUGGCAUGAGUGCCAACGUUUUAAAUUACAAUGCCAGCACUUAUAUCAUAGCAUCAGGAGGGGGAGGGAGGGGAUGGGGCGCUAGCGCCUCAGAUGAUGGAUGGUAUAAUGGAGGUUUAGGAAAUGGCAACACAUCAGACCUUACACUAAAUGGAGGCGUUGGAAACAAUGGCGGUAGAGGAUAUCAAAAAUACGUCGAACCGAUAACAGCAAAAAAUACUGGUUUAUUAGGAGGUGGCGGCGGUGGUGCUGGAGCUGUCGGAGGCGAUGCCACACCAAACAGCGCAACAUACAAUGGAAAGGCUGGAGAUGGUGGAAAUGGAAUAGAAAUAAAUAUCAAGGGUGGAACUGGAGCUGGAGGGCUCGGAGGUGGAGGAGGAGGAAGAAACAACGCAGCAGGAACAGCAGGAACGGCAAACACCGGAGGCGGUGGAGGAGGUGGCGGCUAUGCUAAUCAGGCAGGGGGAAACGGUGGCUCUGGUGUGGAGGCGAACAACAUCGCAGCAAUUGCCUUUAAUUGUUCAGCCAUCAGGUCAAACAGGAAUAAGCAUAAGCUUCUUCUUGAAGAUUACAGGUUUAAAGUCAAGCCCAGCCGAUGA